AUGAAAAAGUUACAAUUAACCCAGUACGUAGCACACGAAAGCAGGGCUCUUCAAAACCCCAUACAACGAAGAAAAAAGAUUCUAGACCCAAACGCUACACUCACAUUCCUGAAAUUUACCACUGCUCCCCUUCAUGGAUCAUCGGAGAUUUUGAUUCCGUCUUUCUGCAGCUUUGGAUCGCAGAAAUUCUCUCUGUGCGCUAGUUCUGAUCUCGGGUCGGAGAUGGAGGCAUGGAAGGAGCUCUGCGACGUUACAGAGGAGAAUCCGGAAAAAUUAUCGGAGAAUCUGGAUUGGUUUUGCCGAAAAUGUCCGCAACCUAAGCUGCUUCGCGCCGAAUCGGCCAGAGUUUCUCGGAUUCAACUCACCGCGGUGUUAGCCGUCGCUCAUCUAAUCUCCAGGAACGUUGUUGACACAACCGGAAAUCAUGGCAAAUUCGUCAUCCUCGACUUCCUCCAGGCAGUUCCGAAGUCGUUCCACCGCUCCUUCUGGCCGGAUUCAUACUCGCUGGAUUCGAUUUCCGCGUUCUAUUGCAGUUUCCUAGGUUCCGUUUCGGGCGGCGCGGCUGAGUUGUCACUUGAAUUCGGCACCAAAGUUUUGGAGAUUACAGUAGAGGUCAUGAGUUGCAGUGAGAGCGAUAGAGACCCAGCGAUCUCUAGGGCUUUCUUGGUUGCUCUUACCCAGAAUUUCCCGUCCAUUAGACAGACCGAUGGUGAUAAAUUGAUCAAAUUUCUGCUCAAUCAGUUUGCAGAGAACCGUGCUCCUCCUGAAUCUCCCAUGAAACAGCUUCAAUUGAACUCUCCCAUUAGCAAGAGUGAGGAGCUUAGUCCUGGCCUUGAUGUUGCAAAAUCCGUUUCUGUAGUGGUGAAUGAGGGAAGUCUCCAGUGGAAGACUGAUGUUGAUCAGCUGAGUUUUGGAUCUAAUGAGGGAAGUGGAGGCUCUCACCUUGUGCUUAGAGAUCAAGUGGCUUCUUUUGAGGAAGAUUCCAUCCAGAGUUUGGAGAUGCAGGAGUUUGCUUUGAAAUUGUUAACCAGUGUUCUGGAUAAAGUGAAAGUUGAUGAUAAACUCCACGAUCAGGUGAGUUCAGUAGCUAAGAGGCAGCUCCAGUCCAUGUCUGCAUUUCUCAAGUCAAGAAGGCGGGAUUGGAAUGAACAAGACCAAGCUCUUAAAGCUAGAGUCAAUGCGAAACUGUUUGUUUAUCAAGCUGCAGCUAACCUGAAAAUCAAGAGUCUCACGUCCCUAGAAACAGAUAGAAAGACAUCUAUUAGGUUGGUUCUGGAGACAGUCACAUUGCUGUUAGAUGCUGCAGAUGCUUGCUUGACCUCCGUGUGGCGGAAAAUGAAGGGCUGCGAAGAACUUUUCAGCUCUCUGCUUUCUGGGAUUGCGAAAAUGGCAGCAGGGAAGGGAGGUUAUCCACCACGUGGGCUGUUUAACCGACUUAAAUUACUGGCACUUGCUGCCUGCGCACAGGGGAGUCUGUUUGAGAGCGUAUUUAAAUUAUCUUGUGAGAUUAUCAAAUCUGGUUGGGCCAAGGAUCGAGCUUCAGUGGACACUUUCAUCGUGGGGUUAGCUUCAAGUAUUCGUGAAAGUAAUGAUUAUGAAGAGCAGGUUGACAGAGAGAAGCAAGUUCCUGCUGUACAGCUGAAUGUAAUACGAUUGCUUGCUGAUAUCACCGUUGCUGUUAAAAAGCCUGAAGUAGCAGAUAUGAUUUUACCGUUUUUUAUUGAAAUCCUAGAAGGGGGUGAUGCUUCUUCAACUCCUCGCUCUUUGAGACUCCAUCUUCUUGAUGCUGUAUCACGGAUAGCAACAUUAGGAUAUGAGAAGUCCUACCGUGAGACAGUAGUUAUGAUGACUAGAGGUUACUUGAGCAAAAUAUCGACGGUAGGAUCUGUCGAAAGCAAAACAUCAUCACCAAGGUCUAUAGCUUGGCACUUAGAGAGUCUUGCUGCAGGCUUUCUUAUAAUUGCUAGGGGUCUUAAGAAUACAAAACUGCGUGCAGACUAUCGCCAUCGCCUGCUUUCCUUAUGUUCGGAUGUAAGCCUGGCUUCUGAGUCGAAAAGUGGAUGGAGCGGUGCCGACCUUUUGGGUCCUCUUCUUCGUGCUGUUGCGCAAAUAUGUUCGGAUUUCGAUCCCACUUCAAAAGUGGAACCUUCACUGCUGAAAUUGUUUCGCAAUCUAUGGUUCUACAUAGCCCUUUUUGCCUUAGCACCUCCUAUUCUGAAACCUCCGCUUCCAGAAGUGAAGACAAUCUCUAAUUCAGUGAAUAGUGCUGGAAGAAUUAGUACGUUCUCUCUACAAGCUGUAGGAGGGCCUUACAUGUGGAACCCUCGGUGGGCUCUUGCUGUUCAGAGAAUUUCUCAGGGCACUCCUCCCCUUGUCGUCAGUUCUGUAAAAUGGCUUGAAGACGAAUUAGAGCUCAAUGCACUUCAUAAUUCUGAUACCUUACGAGGAACUGGGAAUAAGAAAGUAGCUUCAACUCAGAGAACUGCUCUUUCUAUUGCCUUGGGUGGUCGAGUUGAUGUUUCAGCAAUGAAAACUAUCUCAGGGGCGAAGGCUACAUAUCUUCUUGCAGUAGCCCUUCUGGAGGUCAUACGUUUUAUUAGCAAUGGGGGUAUUCUUAACGGUGGCUCAAGUGUGUCUGCCUCUCGAAGUGCCUUCAGUUGCGUCUUCGAGUACCUGAAAUCUCCGGACCUCACGCCUGCUGUUUCCCAGUGUUUGACAGCAACUGUGCAUAGAGCCUUUGAAGCAGCAGUGUCAUGGCUGGAAGAUCAAAUAUCUCUUACUGGGGAAAAUGCUAAUAUAAUGGAAUCAACAAUGUAUACACAUGCAUGUUUCCUCAUAAAGAGUAUGUCACAGAGAGAUGAAGACAUACGAGAUAUCUCAGCGAAACUGUUGACUCAUAUCAGGAACAAGUUUCCCCAGGUCCUAUGGAGCUCAUCUUGUCUGGAUAGUUUGCUAUUCUCUGUUCAUGACAAUGCAUCUUCAGUCGGCAACGAUCCUGCUUGCACUGCUGCCAUUCGAUCUUUAUACCAGAAAGUUCUUAGAGAAUGGAUCAUAUUAUCAAUUUCAUAUGCUCCAUGCACUAGUCAGGGUUUGCUUCAGGAUAAGCUGUGUAAGGCUAACACAUUGCAGCGAUCUUCAACUACAAAUGAUGUGGUUUCUCUUCUAACUGAGAUAAGGAUUGGAACUGGGAAAAAUGAGAUUUGGUCUGGGAUCAAAGCAGCAAAUAUUCCAGCUGUAAUGGCUGCAGCAGUUGCAGCUUCUGGGGCAAAUUUCAAAACUUCGGAAGCUUUUAACUCAGAGGUACUUGGUACUUGUGUAGUCAAUGCAAUGUUAAAGUGCAACUAUACCAGACAAGUUGCUUGCACAGUAAGAUUGGAAAACAUUAGUGGCAAUGACACGUUGAGUUCCCAUUCUGUGCGGCGCCUUCAACAAUUUGUUAAUACUGCUGAGAAAGGAGGAGAGGUGGACAAGUCGCAUUUUCGAGAAACUUGUUCUCAUGCAACUGCCUUACUUCUAUCAAAUCUGCAAGAUGGUCAGCAGAGAAUAGAUAUGAUGGAAUUUUCGCACUUACUGUGUCUCCUCUGUUGGUGUCCAGCUUACAUGUUAACUCAUGAUGCUAUGGAAACUGGAAUAUACAUUUGGACUUGGUUGGUUUCCGCUGCUCCACAAUUUGAAUCUUUUGUUCUUUCCAGUCUUGUUGAUGCAUGGAUAUGGACAAUUGAUGCAAAGCGAGGACUCUUUGCAUCUGAUGUGCGAUACUAUGGCCCAACUGCAAAAUUAAGGCCCCAACUUUCUCCUGGAGAACCAGAAGAUCCACCUGAUAGUGACCCUGUUAAUGAAAUACUCGCUCACAGACUAUGGCUUGGAUUUUUGAUAGAUCGCUUUGAGGUUGUUCGACAUAAUAGCACGGAGCAACUCUUGUUGUUUGGUCAGCUGUUACAACGGAGUACAAAUCUUGACUUGUGUUUUACCCACCACCCAGCAGCGGCUGGUACCUUUUUUACCUUGAUGCUUCUUGGACUGAAGUUCUGCUCAUGCCAAAGACAAGGCAAGGUGCAUAAGUUUAUACGUGGACUCCAGCUAUUGGAAGAUCGAAUCUAUAGGACUUCUUUAGGAUGGUUCUCUCGCCAGCCGGAGUGGUAUGAUGUAAACAUUCCGAACUUUUGUCAAAGUGAGGCUCAGUCUGUUUCAAUGUUUGCUCAGUUUUUGUCAAAUGAGCGAUCAGAAUUUAUCCAAUCUGGUUCCAAUGCAAGAGCUCAUGAAAACGGGAACUUAACUGAUGAGAUUGAUCAGUAUCAUCCUGUCUGGGGUAAUAUGGAAAACUAUGGAGCGGGAAUGGAAAAGAGGAAGCAACUACUACUGAUUCUUUGCCAGCAUGAAUCUGAUAGGCUUGACGUUUGGGCACAACCUAUUAGUCCAAAGGACAGUCCAUAUUCACGUCUGAAAUUAAGCUCCAAGAAAUGGACGGAACAUGUUAAAACUGCUUUUUCGGUGGAUCCCCGGAUUGCUAUAUCAUUAGCCUCAAGAUUUCCAGCAAAUAUCGCUGUGAAAUCCGAAGCCAUUCGGCUAGUUCAGGCUCAUAUAGUAGAUUUUCGUACUAUUCCUGAGGCGUUACCAUAUUUUGUCACACCUAAGACUGUUGAAGAGGACUCAGUGCUCUUGCAGCAGCUACUACACUGGGAUGCUUGUUCAAUUACACAGGCUCUUGUGCUUCUCACACCUGCUUAUAAGGGGCAUCCACGUGUCAUGGCAUAUGUCCUAAGAGUGUUAGAGUCUUACCCUCCCGAGCGAGUCACUUUCUUCAUGCCACAAUUAGUGCAGUCUCUGCGCUAUGAUGAACAGAGGUUGGUUGAAGGAUAUCUUCUAAGAGCUGCACAAAGAAGCGACAUAUUUGCUCAUAUCCUCAUUUGGCAUUUGGAGGGUGAGUCUGUUCAGGAAACAGUGAAGAAUGGUGUUCUCGAUAAGAAUGCGAGAUUCCGAGGAAUUUUGCCAGAGGUUCGACAGCAUAUAGUUGAUGGUUUUACUCCCAAGGCCUUCGACUUGUUCAGCAGAGAGUUUGACUUCUUUGACAAGGUCACAUCUAUUUCUGGAGUAUUAUUUCCUCUUCCAAAAGAAGAACGCAGAGCUGGUAUCAGAAGGGAGUUAGAGAAAAUCAAAAUGCAGGGAGAAGAGCUUUAUUUGCCUACAGCUCCGAACAAGCUCGUCAGGGGUAUCCAAGUAGACAGUGGAAUACCCUUACAAUCAGCUGCCAAAGUCCCUAUUAUGAUAACGUUUAAUGUGGUUGAUCGUGAUGGUGACCACAACGAUGUGAAAUCACAGGCUUGUAUUUUCAAGGUUGGAGAUGAUUGUCGUCAAGAUGUUCUUGCCCUGCAAGUGAUAUCUCUUCUUCGAGACAUAUUUCAAGCGGUUGGUCUUAAUCUCUAUCUUUUUCCAUAUGGAGUACUUCCAACUGGGGACGGUAGGGGGAUAAUUGAGGUUGUGCCAAAUACACGAAGCAGAAGUCAAAUGGGUGAAACAACCGAUGGUGGCUUGUAUGAGAUCUUUCAACAAGAGUUUGGACCCGUUGGCUCACCUUCCUUUGAAACGGCACGGGCUAACUUCCUCACCAGUAGUGCUGGUUAUGCUGUGGCAAGUCUUUUACUCCAGCCUAAAGACAGACACAACGGCAAUCUCCUCUUCGACAACAUGGGAAGGCUUGUUCACAUUGACUUUGGUUUCAUUUUCGAAACUUCACCUGGUGGAAACAUGCGUUUUGAGAGCGCACAUUUCAAACUGAGCCACGAAAUGACACAGUUGCUUGAUCCAUCAGGAGAUAUGAAGAGCGAAACUUGGCAUCAGUUUGUGAGCUUGUGCGUGAAGGGAUACUUGGCUGCUCGGCGAUACAUGGAUGGGAUCAUCAGUACAGUGGAAAUGAUGGUGGAAAGUGGAUUGCCUUGCUUCAGCAGAGGAGAUCCAAUUGGGAAGCUUCGAAAGAGAUUUCAUCCAGAGAUGAGUGAGCGUGAAGCCGCACACUUCAUGAUCCAUGUCUGUACCGAUGCCUACAACAAAUGGACCACUUAUGGGUACGAUUUGAUACAGUAUCUUCAACAAGGCAUCGAGAAGUAA